AAAAUUUAAUAAAAUAGGAAAACUAACAGAAAACUUAUAUUAAAAUACACAAUUAAUAUAAAUUUAUAAAAUGUACAAAUUUGUGGCUAUAUCGAGAAGUGGCAAUGCUGUUUUGGUCGGCAACAAAUGUUUGCAGGUGCUGCAAAAUCAGCGCUGGUAUUCUCAACCCGGCCGAAGACCUGGAUUCUUAUCGCAAUUCAUUGACAAUAUCAAAAAUGAAAUGGACAAGAACAAGGAAAUGAAAGAAAGCAUUAAGAAGUUCCGUGAGGAGGCCCAAAAGUUGGAACAGUCCGAAGCCUUACAGUCGGCCCGACAAAAGUUCAAUAUCGUUGAAUCGGAAACUCAGAAAACAUCGAGCAUACUCAAGGAUCAAUUGGGAAACAUCAAGGAAAAGGUUUCCGAUGUACUCGAUGAAGCUGUGAAAACGGAAAUCGGUCAGAAGGCAUCAAAAAUUGGCGAAGAACUAUCACAGAAGGCAAAAACUGCCAAAGAAACCAUAUCAGAAAAGGGUGAAAAAAUCGGACAGACUACAGCCUUCCAGGCUAUAUCGGAUACAACGAAAAUGAUUAAACAAGAAAUGGAUGCCCAAAGCAUUAAUUCCCGUGUAUAUAGAUCUCCAGCUCGUCUACGUAAACGUAAAGAAGUCGAUUUGGCUAACGAUGAACGUGUUGUCGAGCCCAACAUGGAAGCUAUGGGUAUGGAAUUGCACAAAGAUUCGAAAUUCUAUCAAUCCUGGGAGAAUUUCAAAAACAAUAACGCCUAUGUGAACAAGGUGCUCGAUUGGAAGAUGAAAUAUGAGGAGUCGGAAAAUCCCGUUAUUCGUGCAUCCAGACUUUUGACCGACAAAGUUUCCGAUGUAAUGGGUGGCCUAUUCUCGAAAACUGAACUUUCCGAAACACUGACGGAACUGUGUAAAAUCGAUCCCAACUUCGAUCAAAAACAAUUUUUGAAAGAUUGUGAAACUGACAUCAUACCAAAUAUCCUCGAGGCUAUGGUACGUGGUGAUUUGGAAAUCUUAAAAGACUGGUGCUUUGAAAGUACCUUCAAUAUCAUUUCCACGCCAAUAAGUCAAGCAAUAAAGGCUGGUUUAUAUUUGGAUUCAAAAAUUUUGGAUAUUGAAAAUAUCGACUUGGCAAUGGGCAAAGUUAUGGAUCAAGGUCCGGUACUCAUUGUUACCUUCCAGGCUCAACAGAUUAUGUGUGUGCGAGAGCGCAGUUCCAAUAAAGUUGUUGAAGGUGAUCCCGAAAAAGUGAUGCGUGUAAAUUAUGUUUGGGUAUUGUGUCGGGAUCCCAAUGAAUUGAAUCCCAAAGCUGCCUGGAGGCUAAUGGAAUUAUCGGCAAAUAGUCAAGAACAAUUUGUAUAA